AUGUUGCGAUUUUCUGCUGAAAAUGGUGAUCAGAAUGGUCUGAUCAUUGUAGUUCAAUCCUGCAUAUGUACACCACUAAAUGCGUUAAAGUUUUUUCAUUCUGCUUACAGAUCCAAUCCUGGUACACCGACGCAGGUUCGUCGGCCAAACUUUAUUGACGUAUCUGAAGCGCCGAACUUUUAUGAGGCACAUCAGGGUAAUGGGGGCGGAAACGUUAUCGUUGGUUCGCGCUACAGUCCGCAGCGUCGCUUCCUUUCGGAGAGCGAACUAAUACGUCAAGGCAACGAACACCCUUAUGCCAGAACGAACAAUACCGUCGACAAUAUCCGCGAGCUGGCGGGUUCACCCCAGCGUGGAGUUUACACGUGGAAGGACAACUCGCCUGGCAGCUACCCUCCGUCGAGCUCGGUGACAACGUCGGCUGGAAUGACCGGCCCGAGGCAACCUCUCGCCCAGAGAACAGCACCGACGUAUGAUUAUUACCGCUCAAAUCCUACGAGUCCCACGCAACAACCAUAUUCCAACACUCCAAGAUCAGCGUAUCAUCCGGCAGUUCGGGGUGGGGUCCCGGUUCUUCCGCCACCUCACCAGUCGCCACAGGUUAAAAGGAAAGCUAGCAUGGCUACGCCAACAACACCCACCUCCGGGGACGCUAGACGCAGACCUCUGUCCUUUGUUAGAGCCCUCGAAAUGACGGACUCUAUGGAAAUGGUUUCUGCCCCAGGCGACACCAGGGGUCAGAGGCCCACUACACCUACUCCCGAUCGUGCCAGCGUUUAUGAUAUGAAUUAUGAGAUAUCUGUAUAGCCCGUUGAUUCGGACUUUCUUCUAUCCUGCGGAUGGCCGACUUUUUCUUCGGCAUUUUUCAGUCUAAGCGACAGAGUUGAUGGAAGCGGCGCUGUAUCAGCUUAGGUGCUGACUCUUAGACCUUGGGCUGCUUUUGCUCCAGAGGUUAAAACAAUUGUAGUAGGGAUUGAACAGUGUUUCAGACGGACAAAAUUUGAAAUACAUUUUAAUCGUACGUGUGUGUAUGCAACAAAAUGUAUGUCGUACGACGCUGUCUGUCGUCCAAUAAUUUUGGAUGCUGUUUUGUAAGCCAAACUUCAGUCAAUGGUUACGUGAAAAACGGAUUAUUAUACUCUUUUAAUCCCGAAUAUCUUGAUUUGCCCAUGUCAAAUAAGACAAAUGGAAAAAGCGGAAUAAGUUUACACGAAUUCGGGUUAAUCAUAGUAUUACUUGAUUAACACUGUGUUCAAAUAUGCUUGAAAUUUGAUAUCACUCGAAACCGGUACUCCGUUUUAUAUGGCACUGGUGAACCAGAAUUCUUGGAAUGAAAAUAAAGUCACUCGUCCCAUAAUA